AUGGAUAGGCUCCACGACCACUUUCAGUCCUAUUCAUGGCACCAGUCCCACGACCAGGCCACUGUAUUAUUAUUGCUUCCCUAUGAGACGACGGACGAAGAUGUCGCGGUAACAAUAGAUGAAAAGUACCUCCUCGCUGGUGUCCGCGGGCAGCCCCCAGUAGUGAAGGGUCAACUGUAUGGUCGCGUCGACACCUCUACGUCUGUUUGGCAGCUUGAGCCUCGGCCGUCCCGGCUCUCCGCCCGGGACCGCACAAUCUCCACAACAUCCACCGCGUCCACGCACUCGUCCUAUGCACUCGUCUCCGAGCCCGAGAUUUCGAGCAGUUUCGCAGCAUCCCUCGCCGCCGGCCUCGUCUCAGGCUCUGAUCUCGAUGACGCCGUCCUGUCCUCCCCUGCCCUCUCCUCUCCUGUAUCUUCCUCUGCAGAUGAGCGUCUCGGCUCUGCUCCGGAUACCCACCAUCACCAGCGACACAGGUCAAGACCGUCGGUCUCGCCCCCCGCGCGGAUUUCCCAAGGAGCAAGUCAUAUCGGUUCCUUCUCGUCCCUGGAAUCGCUGCAUACCGGCUCCGGGCGGCUUCUCACCCUCCACCUGGAGAAGGCGGAUUCAAUUAUUUGGCCGUCUCUUGUCGUGGGUCCAGUACCGGAGAGCAUCUCACCGCCCCCCGUCGGUAUCUAUCCUUGGAAUGUGGACAACACAAUAGAGCUCCAAUACAACAUGGACCCCACGAGCUUGGUGUUGAUUGCGCUUGACUUGUAUGACAUUCGCAAGGCGAAGGAGGAUGCGUUCGAGUACUUUGUUCGAGCCUGGCAUCAAGCACAACUCCCGUCUGCCGCCAUCCGGCUUGCCACACACUACCUACCCCUGCAAACCGUCGUUCCAGACGGGUCAGACGACCUCGCCGCACCUCCCUCACCCACUUCCUCCGACCUCACAACCCUCCCCGAUCCCGGCAGACGGAGACGACGUCCCCAGGAAGCCGCGCCCCCUCCACCCCCACUAUCCUCCAUUCCGGGGAUGCCGGAGUAUUAUCUCGCCCGCCUCGGGGGUGCUUCUGGUCUCGCGCAACUUUUCCUCGCCGCCGGCCUCCUUCACCUCGAGGGAACCGCGUCUUCUCUCCUCACCUCCUCCUACGCCGGGCUCUCCUCGCUCCGCACCUCCACCUUCGCCGUCUCAGGCCCCCCGCCCGCGCACUCCUCCGGAAGCGGCGCCGGUACGAGCGCGGAUGGUGCAGACGUAUGGCGCCGGGACCGCGACCGCGCCGCACAGUUCUUCGUGCGCGCCCGCGCGCUCCACCCUGCGCUCGACGUCCCGCUCCUCCCGACCGAACAGGACACCGACGCCGAGGGCGACGGCAGCGGGAGCGUCUCCGGGGUCGACGUCGAGGAGUCGCGCCGCGCGCGCUCGCCCCACCGGCGGCGCACGCGCGUGCUCCCCGAGGCGCGGCUGUCGAUCCCAGCGAUCGACGUCGCGCGCGGCGCGGGCGCAACUGCGCACGACCCGCUGCCGCCGCCGCUGAGGAACCGGAGGAAGCGCCGGGGGACGUACACGCGCGGGGGAGACGGGUACGAGGAGGAGGACGCGGACGCGGAGCUUUCGAGCUCGAUGGUCGAGAGCGUGCACCGCGAGCCGGACAUCGGCGCGGACGGCGAAGACAGCACGUGGUAUCUCUACCUCCCCGGCUUGGUCGGCGCGGGGACGGCGCUGCUCGUCGUCGGCCUGUUGAGUCUGCAGAGUUGGCGGAAGAAUCAAGGGUGA